CUCGGCAGGGGAGUUUCGAUCUUCAGGGUGCCCUUCAACCCAAACCGCUCCACGAUCCCUCCUCACAGCCCGAAGCCUCCCGCCGUGGAUCCCGGCCCGUCCUUAUUAGGCGCUGCGGGAAGCGGCGGCGGCUCCGGGCCCGCCCCGCCGGGAGCGCCGCCUCCUCCGGCCGCGCCGCGCACGCCGGGACCGGCCCUGCCCGGCCCUGUCAGCGCCGCUGCCCGGGCUCGGCCCGGCCCCGCCGCACCAUGCAGGAUCCAAAUAAAGACACGGAGUGGAAUGACAUUCUGCGCAAGAAAGGUAUCCUUCCUCCAAAGGAAAAUGUGGAGGAACAGGAACGGGCAAAGGAAGAGGAGCAGUUUGCCAUCCUUCAGAAAUCUCUGGUGAAAACUUAUGAGGACAUGACUCUGGAAGAACUAGAAGAGAAUGAAGAUGAAUUUAAUGAGGAAGAUGAGAGAGCUAUUGAAAUGUACAGGCAGCAAAGGUUAGCAGAAAUGAAGGCAGCUCAAAUGAAGAAUAAAUUCGGGGAAGUUUUGGAGAUUUCGGGAAAGGAUUAUGUUCAAGAGGUUACAAAAGCUGGAAAAGGUAUAUGGGUAGUCUUACACCUCUACAAACAAGGAAUUCCACUCUGUGCCUUAAUAAAUCAACAUAUGAGUGGGCUUGCAAAGAAGUUCAGAGACGUGAAAUUCAUCAAAGCUAUCUCUACCACCUGCAUUCCCAACUACCCCGACAAGAACCUGCCCACGAUAUUUGUGUACCUGGAGGGAGACAUCAAAGCUCAGUUCAUUGGGCCUUUGGUGUUCGGUGGCAUGAACCUGACAAGGGAUGAAUUGGAGUGGAAGAUUUCUGAGUCGGGUGCUAUCAAGACAGACCUCGAAGAGAACCCCAGGAAGCAGAUCCAGGACCAGCUCAUGUCCUCAAUCAGGGCGUGUGUCCCAGCCAGAGGGGAGAGUGACUCAGAGGAUGACUAAUUCCUGCGUCUGCAUCCGGAUUGAUGCAGUGCCCUUGCAGCCAGUGUUCCCACCUCAAGCACUGGACACACUCCUCAAGGCCUUGCUGAGCCCCAGAAGGGUAGCCUUUCAAGACAUUCAUUCUAGAAACCUCUAGAAACUAAAAACAUUUCUGUUUUUUAAAAAUUGCAGCUUCACUUAAGAUGCUGAAAGACAUUUUGUAUGUGAAGCCUGAGUAAAUCUUACUCAAAGGUUUUAAAAUACAGAUGUGAAUAGAAA